CUACCGCUGACCACUGGCCGCCUGUCUUGUCCUUCGUGUCUUACUUAGAAUUUCCCCCUUACUUAGAAUUUGCCCCCGAAAAUGUCCCUUGUCCGAAGUAUGAAGUCUAUCACAGUUGAGCCCGUUUUAUUCCUCUACAUGUUUUGCACAUUCAUGAGCUUCCCUUUACUCCAACAACUUGCCUACCGUAAGAUAUGCAAGGAACAUUACAACACAAGCGCGUGCAACAACUUGUCCGACUACCAGAACGAACAGAACUACGUCCAAACAUCCACCUCAAAUUGGAUGCGGUACCAAGCUCUCGCUCUUGCUCUCCCUUCCAUCGCAUCCUCGCUGGUUCUUGGCGCGUGGUCGGAUCGCGUCGGAAGAAAAGCUAUCAUGAUUUUGCCCCCAGUUGGUAACAUUUUAAUGAAUAUAAACUACAUGCUGAAUGUUCACUUCUUUUCACUGAAUGUGAACUAUUUAAUUAUUGGUAUCGUUAUUGCUGGGACUUUUGGUGGGUUUGCAACUACUCUUCUCUCUGUGUUCUCCUACAUGGCGGACAUCACGGACAAGUCCCACCGGACACUCCGCAUCAGCAUCCUGGAAUCUAUGGUUUUCCUGGGGGGGAGUGUAGGGGAGCUUGUUGCAGGUGUUAUGCUUGACCACUCAGGGUUUAUGGCAACAUUCGGUCUUGCGCUUGGCCUGAAUUGCUGCAUUGCAGCAUAUGUGACGUUCAUUCUACCAGAGUCUUAUUUCCCUAAUGGUCAGGUUUCAAACCAAAGGUGUUUUUUGCUGGAACAUCUCAGCACUGCUGCAAAGGUGUUGUUCAAGAGGCGAGAAGGAAACAGCCGCCUUUAUUUACUGGUGGUACUUUUUGGAGCAAUGUCUGUCUUGUUGCUCAAUUUUGGUGGUUUUAAUGAUGUCAUAAUACUCUACUGCCUUAAGGAGCCUCUCCAUUUGUCAUCAUCGAUUCUGGGAUAUUUCUUGGCUGAGGUGUUCCUUAUUCGUGGGUUGGGUGUUGUCCUUGGGAUGCCACUGAUGACGAAGUUGUUGAAGUUGUCAGACUACAUUAUUGCACUCCUGGGAAUCACAUUCUCCUGUGGGAUGUUUAUCUUCUUUGGCUUGGCAAAACACAAAUGGAUGAUGUUUGCAGGUGCAGUGCUAGCCUUGGGGGAUGGCUUACCUAUACCUUGCAUGCGCUCCAUCAUGUCAAAAUGUGUACAGCCAUCAGAACAAGGGAGCAUGUUUGCAGCUGUGGCGUGUCUGGAAGUUCUCUACACCCUUCUUGCCUCCCUGAUUUUCAACUCUGUGUACAGUGCCACAGUGAAGUGGGAACCAGGCUUUACGUUCUUCCUACAAGCUGGUAUCCUAGCCAUACCAGCAGCAGUCUUAGUAUUUCUGUACUUGAGGCAGAAAAGCAGUUGUCCAUACGAGUCCAUGGAUACCCUUGUAACAGCUGAACACACACAGACUCCAGGCUUCUCAUCUGAUCCAGCUGAAGCUUAGCACCUUGGUCUUUAUAAGUUAUACCCCUAUAACCGAGGGGUGAUUAGUCGAAGAUCUGAUCUCCCAAUAAGAUCAGAGGUUAUUAUACCAGAAUACCAUGGUUUGCUGUAGUGUGCAAAGAUAAUAGUCACAGAGGUGAGAAUAUAUUAACUAUAAAUAAGAUAUAAAAAAUUAUUACUAUUAGGCUGAAUAGAUAUUACAAAUAUCAUUGGACUGAUAAAUGCCAUGUUAUAUUUCAUGUACGAUUUGGUAUUGUGCUUGCAGUAAAAUUGAGAUGUUAAGAUACAUACAGGGAGAAUGGAUUGUAAUGAUGCUAAGGUUAAUUAUAUUAACGCAGUCAGACGACUUGUUAUUCCUAAAAUUCUGAGUCUAGUAUUUUAUUUCGCAAAAUCUUACUACAUUCAUAGAUAUAAAUUAUCAUGCUCAUAUAAUAUAUACAAUCUAAUUAGAGCGAUUUUCAUUAACCUGUGGACUAAACAUUAGCGUAUUACACUUUAUUGCACUAUAAUUUCAUUGUUUUCUAUUAAAAAGUCAUUUCAAGUGCAAAUAAAAACAACUCUAUUACAUCCACUGUGGUUAUCUUCUAAUUUGUCGAUGUCAUGCAAUCUACAUCUUUUCUGUUAAGGUAAUUCCCUUGAAAUAGUUCUACAACCCAGAAUUUUUUAAAACUUGGCAUAAACAAUAUUGAAGUUAAGGGCUUUCAAAAAAUGUGAUAAAAAAAAUGGGGGUACCGACCUCGUUUUCACAACAGGGGCGUAGAGUUGAAUUCUAUUUUAUAUACAAUGCCAAUGGCCUAUGAAUUAAACAGUACAGGAACAUAGGUAGUUGCUCCCUCUUCUUCACCCCACUUAUACUGUAAUGCUGAAAUUCCAAGUACUGUAAAAUUUCUCAAAAAAAUACAGAACCCUAGGUUUUGAACUGAACUCCUCUUGGGUUAUAGUACUCAUGUUUUGAGGGAAUAAAUGCUAGUUGUUGUU